AGGAAUACCAACGUCAUCUAUUAUAAAAUUAUUAUUGAGUUAAUGAUAUUUGAGUAUUACAAGUGUAAUUAUCAUAUUUUAUUCGCAUGUAACUUAUUUUAAAUCGAUUAAUCCAAACACAGAAAUGGCGAUGCUACUGUCAGAAAUCUGAAUAAGCGCAUGCCUGUGCAAGUCCGUGCUUUUAUCGUGAGUCGUGAGAUCGAGAGCGAGGUGUGGUUUUUGCGGUUACAUUUGUAGCCCACUGUCGAGGAGUACUUCGUCAGUGCGAGCCGUUUAAAAUACGAAAUCAAGAUGAUCGGACGUCUUCCUGCAUGUGUUAUCGACGUUGGUACAGGAUACACAAAAUUAGGCUUCGCAGGAAAUAAAGAACCACAACUUACUAUACCAUCUGCAAUAGCCAUUAAAGAAACAGCCAAAGUUGGCGAUAAUAAUGCUAGAAGAAUUACCAAAGGAGUAGAAGAUUUAGAUACCUACAUUGGAGAUGAGGCAUUUGAAGCAACUGGUUAUUCUAUUAAGUAUCCAGUUAGACAUGGAUUGGUCGAAGAUUGGGAUUUAAUGGAAAAAUUUCUUCAGCAAUGCAUAUUCAAAUAUUUGAGGGCAGAACCUGAAGAUCAUUAUUUCUUGCUUACCGAACCACCCCUUAAUACACCAGAAAAUAGAGAAUAUACAGCAGAAAUUAUGUUCGAAUCUUUUAAUGUACCAGGAUUAUAUAUUGCUGUGCAAGCAGUAUUGGCUUUAGCAGCUUCUUGGACAUCUAAAAAUGUUGAAGAUAGAACAUUGACAGGUGUCGUCGUUGAUAGUGGAGAUGGAGUAACACAUGUGAUACCAGUAGCAGAAGGCUUUGUCAUAGGUAGUUGUAUAAAGCAUAUACCUAUUGCUGGUCGUGAUAUAACAUAUUUUAUACAAAGUCUUUUACGAGAACGUGAAAUUGGAAUACCUCCUGAACAAUCAUUAGAAACAGCUAAAGCUAUAAAAGAAAAAUAUUGUUAUAUUUGUCCUGAUAUUUCUAAAGAAUUUGCAAAAUAUGACAGCGAUCCUACCAAAAUAAAAAAGUAUGAAGGUAUCAAUAGUAUCACGAAACAGCCUUUCAUUGUAGAUGUUGGGUAUGAAAGAUUUUUAGGACCUGAAAUAUUUUUCCAUCCUGAGUUUUCCAAUCCUGAUUUUACAACACCACUUAGCGAAAUAGUUGAUGAUGUCAUACAAAACUGUCCAAUAGAUGUCAGAAGACCAUUAUAUAGUAACAUUGUUUUAUCAGGAGGUUCUACAAUGUUUAAAGAUUUUGGAAGAAGAUUACAACGUGACAUUAAAAGGAUUGUUGAUGCUCGUUUAAAACUUAGUGAAACAUUAAGUGGUAGCCAUAUCACGCCGAAACCUAUAGACGUGCAUGUAAUAUCACAUCAUAAACAACGUUGUGCAGUAUGGUACGGAGGUGCACUCUUAGCUAGUGACCCAGAAUUUUAUACAGUAUGUCAUACCAAAAAAGAUUACCAGGAAAAUGGACCUGGAAUUUGUCGUUAUAAUCCAGUAUUCCACAGUAUGGUAUAAAAUAAGGAGUUCAUGAAAUUAGGUCUUGUGGAACAAUGAUGAACAUCAAUUGUCAUACUUAAAUUUGACAAUAUUAUUUGAACCAUCUAUUCCUUUUCUGUUCCCACUAUCAGCCUUCAAAGUUUUCCAUUGAAGAAAAGAAGUGGGUUUUUUAAUGGUGCAAUUAAUAACUAAAAAUGCCCAGUGCAUUUAGAGAACGCACAUAAAUGCAUACAUCCUCGUGCCGAUUGAGCGCAUUAAGAUAAGCAAACAAAAUUUGCAUUUAAUAAAAUUCUAGGAAAUGAUUAAAUUUAUAAUACGACUAGAAAUUAACAAUAAGAUUAUAUUACUGAACAAUUGUAUACAUCUGUAAAUAAGUACGUUGGAAAAUAAUAAUUUUUUUCUAAUGAA